AUGGACCCAUUGUACUUCCCUCCAAAUAUCCUUGCAAAUAAGCAAAAACUACAGCGUCUUCAAGAUGUCAUGUCAUUGGCCCUCGGAGUCGGGGCGGGUGUCUUAUGUUUAGAGUCGUUGAAUGGGUUUUUCUUCUUUUUAGUGACGUUUUCCUUGUCAAAUUUGUCGUUUUUUCUACUUUGUUGUGAGGGGAAGCCAGAGAGCUUCUUUCAAAAUCCGUGGAAAGAGAUCUUCCUUGACGGUAUCAGUUCCAGUUUGGCUGGCUACGUCAUGAUGUGGUGUUUAACGUAUGCUCUCGUUAAGUAA